UGGUGAUGACAAGUGACAACUCCCGACGUAAUUGUCAGUUGUAAAAAUAUACAUACAAAUAAAAUAUACAAGUAGUAUUUCUAUAUAAUUGUAUUAUUUCAAAAUGGAUGAAAAUAUAGUUCCAACUGUGGUUUUUCAUCCAAUUAUUUCUUCAAUUCAAAAAAUCGCACUUUAUGAAACGAAAUCUAAAUUUUAUUUGAUGGGUUCAAACAAUACUUUAACACGGUUCCGAGUGUUAAAAAUUGAUCGCAUGGAACCGAAAGAAUUAGUUGUUGUAGAUGAUAAACGAGAAUAUACACAGGAUGAGAUAAAAGAUCUUGUAAAUAUGAUAGACAUGGGCAACCGUACCCGAGCUGGACAAAGAAACAAUGUUGGUGGAGUUGCAAGAAUUGUUUCAGCUUUUGGUAUUGUUGGCAACACUUACAAAGAACCUACAUCUGACAGUGGUGUAUCAGAAGCAUCUGAACACCAAAAAUAUCAAAAACCAUUGCACAAACCAACUCAAACUAAAUUCACCUGGAAAACGAUGUGGCAGAGAGAUACUUUUCCUCGACUAGUACCAGCUUUUGGUCUUCUUGGGUUUGUACGUUUUUUGGAAGGAUAUUAUAUAAUAUUAGUCACGAAACGCCGUAAAGUAGCUGUAAUUGGUCAUCAUACAAUAUAUAAAAUAGAAGAUACUUCAAUGAUUUAUAUUCCAAACGACAAUGUUCGUGUUUUUCAUCCGGACGAACAAAGAUACGUAAAAAUGUUUCAAAGUAUAGAUCUUAGUAGUAACUUUUACUUUAGUUAUUCGUAUGACUUAACGCAUACAUUACAAAGUAAUAUGACUCCGCCGAAACAUAUUAAAUCUGAUAUUUUUACUACUGAUAACAAGAAUUUAAAUAAUGAGACCGAAGAUGCAGAAGACUUUUUCAAUAUGUGGGAAUUUAAAAAGAAUUAUCAGACCAACAGUAAUACAGAAAAACAUGUUGAUUAUGGUUUACGAAGUAAUCCGCAUCGUCGAUUUGUGUGGAAUUCUCAUCUGUUGAAACCAGUAGAGAAAGAUUUAUAUCGUGACUGGGUUUUAUACGUUAUACAUGGUUUUAUUGGUCAAUCAAAUGUUAGUAUUUUUGGACGAUCGAUGUAUGUAACUAUUAUUGCCAGAAGAAGUAAUAAAUAUGCAGGUACCAGAUUUUUGAAACGUGGCGCAAAUUUUGAUGGAGAUGUAGCUAAUGAAGUAGAAACGGAGCAAAUUGUACACGAUUCUGGAGUAAGUUCUUUAAGCAAAGGUCGGUUUAGUACUUUUGUUCAAAUGCGUGGAUCAGUCCCUGGACAUUGGAGUCAAGAUGUUAGUAAAAUGGUUCCUAAACCUACUAUUACUUGUGAUUUGGCUGAUCCCUAUGUAGAAACAGCAGGUGCACAUUUUAAUCAGUUACUAAAGAGGUAUGGUUCUCCAAUUAUAAUUCUUAAUCUUGUUAAAAAACGUGAGAAGAAAAAACAUGAGAGCACGCUAAGCGAAGAACUAAGCAUGGCUGUUAAAUAUUUAAAUCAAUUUCUACCACCGGAACAUCAUAUUCAGUAUAUAAGUUUUGAUAUGGCUCGAAUGAAUAAAAGGAAGAAAGUCAAUGUUAUGGCACGAUUAGGUAAUAUAGCAUAUAAUGCCGUUUUGAAAACGAGUAUUUUUCAGUCACAAAAUCCAUAUUACAGUCAGAGAAAUCUGUUUCUUUCUCAAUCUAAUUAUAUUAAAAAACCUCACAGAACAAAUCUAAAUUCUAUAUUAUCAAAUAGUGCAUGUAAUAUUCAAAGUUCGAGAAAUGUAAUAAAUGAAAAUUUAUCUGACAAAUAUAAUAUUGGUUCUAAACUUUCUACAGAAAAUAAGUAUAACGAAUUAAAUUGUAUUGAAAAUAAAGUAAGACAAUGCUUUGGUAAAAGAGGUACAUUACAGACUGGAAUUAUUAGAACAAACUGUGUAGAUUGUUUAGAUCGUACGAAUACAGCUCAAUUUGCGAUAGGAAAAUGUGCCUUGGGAUUCCAGUUAUGUGCUUUAGGGGUACUGGAAUCUCCUAAAUUAGAAUUUGAUUCGGAUUGUGUAAGAAUGUUAGAGGAGUUAUACGAAGAUCAUGGUGAUACAUUAGCAUUACAAUACGGUGGUUCUCAAUUAGUGCACAGAAUAAAAACUUACAGAAAAACUGCACCAUGGACUAGUCAAGGUAAUGACAUUAUGCAGACCCUGAGCAGAUAUUAUAGUAACACCUUUAGCGAUCAAGAAAAACAACAUACAAUUAAUUUAUUCUUAGGUUUAUUUAUACCCGAGGAAGGGAAACCACCUAUUUGGGAACUUUUAACAGAUUAUUAUCUUCAUCACAAACCCGCUUGUCAAUAUUAUCGGAGAACAAAACUCCUAACUCAAUGGUGGGACACGAAUGUAUUAAAAUGUCUUCCUUAUGCAUUGAACGAAGUAACAAAAUCUUGUUUGGAAAUGAUACAAGUACAAAAUUCGAUGGAAGAAAUGAUCGAUGUUUACUACGAUUAUCAUAGACCAUACGAAUUAUCUCUACUUUCUGAAGUUUAUGCAUAUCAAAUUAGCCAUUCGGUAAGAGAUUUUAUGCCACAUUUCACAACGAGUUUUAGUCCAUUUGCAGUACGAGUACGACCAGGUAGAAGAAGGGAAGAAACUGGAAAUAAAAAUUUAAAUAUGAAAAAUCCUUCUAUGACUGGGCAAAGUAGCACCAGCAGCACAACAUCGAGUGCAAGUUCUAGCGACGACUCAAGUUCAGAUGACGAUGAAAGUCAUCAGCAUAUCAACGAUUGCCACUUGACAACUUCCAAAGAAAGCUCGGAAUUCACAUCUUUUGAAACUUUGUUUCCAUCUAUGAAAGAAGUGUAUGGAACUCAACCUGAAUAUCCUAAGAGAAAUGAUGUCAUAUUGUAUAAAAAAUUUGUAUUAAUUGGACGCAAUGCAACAUACCCUUCGGAUUACAUGAAACUUCGAUCAAAAUUAAUUCAACAAGCAUCAUUUCCAGAAACUACAACUGCUGUAGUUACGUUACCGGUAGUAAAAAAAUCUAGUAUAAAUAUAUACGAGGAAUAUGUUGAAAGAGCCAAGACCGGUGGUUCCAUACCAAAUGCCAAUGAUAUUAAUUUAUAUGAAACUUAUACCAAACAGCAUCGAUUACUUAAGAAAUCGAUAUGUUCAUAUUAAUUGUAUAAUUAAUGUAAAAUAAAACGGUAAAGAAAUUUGCAGAAUUA